UACAGAUAUUUUGAAAAAAUACUGUAGUUAAAGUCAUACUGUAUCAGUAUUAGUAUUACUACUGGCCAGUGGCCUCCUAUAAAGAAAAACAAAGAAAAAAGAUCCGCAAUAAAAUUGCAAAUUUAUCCAACAAACCUGCCAAUCUAAAUUCCAAAAGCACGCUUACCAAUAAGAUAUCGCCAGCUGUCACCAGCAUUCUUCCCCCGUGAAUCUAGCGUUAGGGUUUCUAACACUCUCCAUUCCCAAUCCCAGAUCUCUUAUUUCUCUGAAUUCUGUCUCUUUCUCAAUUCCCCUCGAAACACUCAAUACGUGCAUACAAAUGGAUUUUUAUUUAUAACCCAACUUGGUCCUUACUUCUCUCUGUAAAAAUUGCAAUUUUGUACAAAACCAUGAUAUAGUGCUUUGAGUUUCACUUCCCAAUUUUAGGUCACGUGAUUAUGCAGCAAACUUUUUAGCCAUGAAUCCCCUUGCUGUUUGUAUAAGUAGCUGAAAGUUCAGACUUUUAGUCUGAAUUCUUGUUAAAAAUUCAAUCUUUUUGGAAAACAGAAGAUAAAUAGCUUCUGAAUUUGUAAAAUCUGAAAAGGGGUUUUGAGUUUUUGUGAUUUUAGUGAAUGGGAUCAUCUGGGUUUUUCACAAUCUGCAUUCUCCAUUCACUAAUAGCCACUACAAGUGGUGCACUGAUAAUGUUCUAUCUGAAUGAAAUCUCUGUGUUGGGACAUGGGAUUGAAACAGCAAGAAAGUUGCUAGGAUCAACCCCACAUGACCAAUUGGUGAUAAAAACAUCUGAUUCAUUUGUUGGAUUGCUUUUAUGUGUAAUUGGGUUGUUGUUAUUCAUGGUAUCUUUUGUUAAGGACAGAGAAUUUCAGGGCUUUUUUGCUAAGGGUUGUGUCCUUCUUCAUGUGGCAAUGGGAUUGUGGAGGGUUUAUUUUGAGAGGAAGCUUGAGGAUUUGGCUUAUGAUUGGCCAAGGCAACUUGUUGGUGAUUUUGUUCUAGCACUCUCUUGGGUGUUCUUUCUUGUUAAUUCUUGGAGGGAGAAAUAUGAUUAGAGAAAUUGUACAAGUGGAAUUGCUAUUUUGGGAUGGUUAUGCCAUUUGAUUACUUAAAAAGAUUGCUGUUUGGUGCAAAUUGGAGGAAGUCACGGGUUCGAGCCGUGGAAACAUCCUUUUGGUAAGGCUGCGUACAAUAAACCCUUGUGAUUCGACUUUUCCUGGAACCCGCGCAUGGCAAAAUCUUAGUGUACCGGGCUGCCAUUUCUUUUAUUGUACUUGAUUAUAUUUAGAAAUGAAAGAAAUGUGGCAAUUUUGACACUUUCUAAGACUAAACUUCGAUGAGGACGAAAUUUCUUAGGUGUAUUAGCUUUAUUGUAUUUUUCUUUUGCUCCAUUAUCAAACCACAUCAGUAAAUCCAAGUUCAGAACAUUUGAUUCUGAAUGGAAAUCCCAACAGCCUUAGUUGGAUCUCUAUAUCAGAAAAAGACUUCCUAUGUAGUCCUCCUUUAUGUAUAAGAAUAGUAUAUUGAAGAGGGUGUAUUAGUAACGUUAAGAUUGAUAAUACUAAGAUUAGUUAUGUUGGGAUUAAA